GGCGCGGUGCGCUCACCUCGCCAUGCCGACUGUCAGCGUAAAGCGCGAUCUGCUCUUUCAAGCCUUGGGCCGGACCUACACUGACGAAGAAUUUGAUGAACUAUGUUUUGAAUUUGGCUUGGAACUUGAUGAAAUUACUUCUGAGAAGGAAAUAAUAAGUAAGGAACAAGGUAAUGUGAAAGCACAGGGGGCCUCUGAUGUCGUUCUUUACAAAAUUGAUGUCCCUGCCAAUAGAUAUGAUCUUCUAUGCCUAGAAGGAUUGGUUCGAGGACUUCAGGUCUUCAAAGAAAGGAUAAAAGCUCCAGUAUAUAAGCGGGUAAUGCCAAAUGGAGAAAUCCAAAAAUUGAUUGUCACAGAAGAGACAGGUAAAGUGAGGCCUUAUGCCGUAGCAGCAGUUCUCCGGAAUAUAAAGUUUACUAAAGAUCGAUAUGACAGCUUCAUUGAACUUCAGGAGAAAUUACAUCAGAAUAUUUGCAGGAAAAGAGCCCUUGUUGCCAUUGGCACCCAUGAUUUGGACACUUUGUCAGGCCCGUUUACAUACACUGCAAAGCGCCCUUCAGAUAUCAAAUUCAAGCCUCUCAAUAAGACAAAGGAGCAUACAGCCUGUGAAUUAAUGAACAUAUACAAGACUGAUAACCACCUUAAACAUUAUUUACAUAUCAUUGAAAGUAAACCACUGUACCCAGUUAUUUAUGACAGCAAUGGGGUUGUCCUGUCAAUGCCUCCAAUCAUCAAUGGGGAUCAUUCCAAAAUAACAGUAAAUACUAAAAAUGUGUUUAUCGAAUGCACAGGAACUGAUUUUACUAAGGCAAAAAUAGUCCUUGAUAUAAUUGUCACCAUGUUCAGUGAAUAUUGUGAAAAUCAGUUUACGGUUGAAGCUGUUGAGGUAGCUUUUCCUAACAGGAAAUCAAGUACCUUUCCUGAACUGGCUUACCGAAGGGAGAUGGUGAGGGCUGAUUUAAUUAACAAAAGAGUUGGAAUCAGAGAAACUCCACAAAAUCUUGCCAAACUUCUGACCAGGAUGUACUUAAAGUCGGAAGUCAUAGGUGAUGGCAAUCAGAUUGAGAUUGAAAUUCCACCGACCAGAGCCGACAUUAUCCAUGCAUGUGAUAUUGUAGAAGAUGCAGCUAUUGCUUAUGGAUAUAACAAUAUUCAGAUGGCUCUCCCCAAAACAUAUACCAUAGCUAAUCAAUUUCCUCUUAACAAGUUAACAGAACUCCUUCGGGUUGAUGUGGCAGCUGCUGGAUUCACUGAAGCACUCACCUUUGCUUUGUGUUCCCAAGAAGAUAUUGCUGAUAAACUUGGUUUGGAUAUUUCUGCGACAAAGGCAGUCCACAUAAGUAAUCCUAAAACAGCUGAAUUUCAGGUGGCGCGAACUACCCUCCUUCCUGGUCUCCUGAAGACCAUAGCAGCAAAUAGGAAGAUGCCCCUUCCUCUGAAACUCUUUGAAAUUUCUGACAUUGUAGUGAAAGAUUCUAGCAAAGAUGUAGGUGCAAAAAACUACAGGCAUCUCUGUGCUGUUUACUACAACAAGAAUCCUGGGUUUGAGAUAAUCCAUGGACUGUUGGACAGGGUCAUGCAGCUGCUCAAUGUGCCCCCUGGUGAAGACAAGGGCGGCUAUGUGAUUAAAGCGUCAGAGGGCCCUGCAUUCUUUCCUGGGCGCUGUGCUGAGGUCUUUGCCAGGGGUCUCAGCGUGGGGAAGCUUGGGGUCCUUCAUCCUGAUGUUAUCACCAGAUUUGAGCUCACCAUGCCCUGUUCCUCGCUGGAAAUCAAUAUUGAGCCAUUUUUAUGAAGAUGGGACUCUGCAGUGUGAUUCUCUUCCAGUAUUGCUCUGUGGAGAGUGGCCAUUUGUGUGUGCUUCAGUGUCUAAUAAAGUAAAAAGUGCUGCGUUAAGCCAGCUCAUGCGA